AUGAAUCCCUACGCUCUGGCAACCUCCACCCUUGCUGUGUACAUCCUGUCACCAUUCGCAGCUAUUGCAGCUCUUCUGGCGCUCACCCGGAUCUUGACGACCAUCAAUUACUGGCGCUCGCUAAGGGACUUCAAGGACAAUGGCGGCAAGCAAGUCGUGCACUCCCCCCAGCUGCCAUACACCAUUCCUUUCAUCGGGAAUGCCUUUCAAUUCAUGGGCAACCAGCCCGGAGUGCCGUAUCGACUCUUCCCACGGUCUACUGGAGUCUGCUCGGUGCUCAUGGGGGGCAUGAAGACGCACAUUUUAUACUCGCCCACUGUGAUUCAGGCACUCUUCAGGUCUAAAUCUGCCACUCGAGACGUGUUCGAGGUAGAGAUGUUCUCGCAUGUGCUCGCAAUGCCCAUGGAGCAGAUCGAGCAUGCGGAAGCUACCAAACAGAACGAGCUGGAGUUGAACAGCAAGUACCUGUUCAAUUUCGAGCGUGUGAACGAGCUCACCAGCCACUUUAUCACAAUGCUAGAAAGCGCCCUGGACGAAGAUGCCGAGCACGUUGUCAGCUUAGACAAGAUCGGGCUAUACGAAUGGCUCCGUAAGAGAAUGUUCACUGCGUCCUGCAACACACUCUUUGGCGAGAAGCUAUUGGAGAUGUACCCAGACUAUUGCGAAGACUUCUUCGAAUUCGACAGCGAUCUUCUCAGCUUCUUCUUCCGUCUACCAGGAAUCAUAAUGAGGGAAGCCAAUACACGAAGAGCCAAAAUCUUUGAUAAACUGGAGAAAUGGGGCGUCGAGAUGUGGCGUCAAAGCGGAGGCUCUCCUAUUGAUCCGGACGGGCCCUCGUGGGAGCCUAUCAUGGGCAGUCGUCUAAACAGAGCUCGUCAUCUCGACUAUCGUGCUCGAGGCCUCAAUAUACGCUCCGCAGCAGCUCUCGAUGCUGGCAUUACCUUCGCACUGAUGAGCAAUGUCAUUCCCGUCACAGGAUGGAUGCUCUUCAGUGUGUUGGAUCCAAACGCAGCGCCGGAUGUUCUUCCUCGAGUGCUUGCUGAAAUCAACCGCGCCAAGCUCCCAGACGGAUCUCUCGAUGUUACUGCGUUGGUGUCUUCUCCCUUACUACAGAGUAUCUUCAUCGAAACACUUCGACUCAAUUCUGAUGUCCUCGUAACAAGAAAUCUCACGGAAGACAUCUUGCUCCCUCUUGACGAGGACGGCAAGCGACAUGUGGCAUUCCGGAAAGGCGACAAUGUGUUUGCGCCAAGCUGGCUGGAACAUCGAGACCCAGACGCGACCUGGGGUUCCAGCAAAGUUGCCCCCGAUGUUUUCGAUGCCGACAGAUUCAUAGUCAAAGACCCGAAAACAGGAGAGGAAUCAUUCAGCAUGGCAAGAACUGCUGGCCGAUUCUUCCCAUUUGGCGGCGGCAAGACGAUCUGUCCAGGCCGCAACUUCGCAAAGCAAGAGGCCAUUGGAGGGCUUGCAACCGUACUCCUGAGAUUCGAGUUUGAGGUGAAAUACAAUGUCGACGCAGAGAAGAAACCCACGAAAGACUUCCCAGCGUUCAAGCGAGCUUUCCCGGGGACCGGAGCACUUGCCCCAGGUGGCGACAUGGUAGUCAAGAUCUCGAGGAGGACGUAA